CCAUCAGCUGACACGCUGUUGUUUUGGUCCUCCUCCCAGCUGAAAUCCAACAUUAGCUAGUUUUUUUUGUUGAUGCUGUGACAGCUAACGGAAAUGAAGAAGUUUUUGGACAACAUUAAGAAAGACAUUCAGUUUAAAUCUGCGGGACCUGGGAAGAAACUAACAGAAGAUACCAGUGCCAAACCCGAUAUGAUGCAGAGCAGCUCCAGGGCCAAACAUAAUCGCCAUGCUCCCAGCGAAGGAUCCCAGAUGGCUGGAGCAGCAGCCCUGGCCAGGAUAGAGCAGCAACCCCGGCCAAAGGUCCACACCUCUCAGGACGCCAUCAGGAACCAGGUUAAAAGAGAACUGGAGGCGGCUGCACUGGCAGAUAAAGAAAAGGCAGACGCAGCAGAGGGAUCCAAAGUGCUAGUGAAAGAUCUCUGUUUGUCAGUGUCAGGUGUGUAUUUCACCUGUCCGCUAACGGGAGCAACUUUAACUAAGAGUGAGAGGGAAGUGCACAUUAAAGAGGCCAUUUUAAUGCGGUUUGAGGAGGAUACGGUUGAGGCCUCUGUUAUGAUGGUCCACACAUUUAACAAAGACAGAGAGAAAGUGAAGGCUGCUGUGGACAUCAUAAGCAAGUAUAUUGAGAAUAUAUGUAAGAAUCCCACAGAGGAGAAAUACAGGAAGAUUAAACUCAGCAACAAGGUUUACCAGGAGAAAGUUCGUUGUGUGGAGGGCAGUAGAGAGUUCCUGGGGGCCGUGGGCUUCACAAGCAUUAUGCUUCCUGUAGACGGUCAAGAGGAGGACGAGGAGUUCCUGGUCUUACUGGAGCACAGUCCCGAUGCCCUGGAGCUGAUGAAGGAGAGGAGGGACCGCCUGCAGAGAGGAGAGCCGGUCAGAGCUCAGCUGGACAGACAGCCUCAGGCGUUCAGGUCCUCUCCCAACGCUCAGCGCUUUGAGCUGCCUCCAGAGUUCUACAACCUGACAGCGGAGGAGCUCAAGAAGGAGCAGCAGCAGAGGAGUGAGUUGGUGGAGAAGACCGCCAUGCUGCGAACUAAAGCCAUGAGGGAGAAAGAGGAGCAGAGGGAGAGAAGGAAAUACAACUACACUCUGCUCAGGAUCAGACUGCCGGAUGGAAGCCUGCUGCAAGGGACCUUCUACGCCUGGGACCGGCUGCCUGUGCUGUUUGCGUUUGUCCGGGAGUCCCUGGUGGACGGCUGGCAGCCCUUUGAGCUCAUCGCUCCGGGAAGUCAGAAGCUGAAAGAGACUGAAGAAGUCGCUCUCGCAGAGUGUAACCUGGUCCCUGCAGCUCUGCUCACAUUUUCCUGGGAUGCGGCCGUGCAGGCGGAUAUCGCAGCCGUGGGUGGGAAGAGCCCCGCCCUCCUCAAACCGGAGCUGCUGGAAUACAUUCGGACCCUGAGCUGAGCAGAUGCUGUCCCUGAACUCCCCUUCCAUCCACCCCCGGCCUUCUGGCACCACUGGGGUGGAUUUGCCCCCCCUCCCCCCCCUAACAAAUGACUAGAGAUACGUUUAUUUUUUACAAAUGCUAACUUCAGUCAGUAACAGUGAUAGUUUAGGGGCAACUUCACCCUGAUGCGCUUGUUUUGCUGAGCAUACCGCUCUCUCUCCUCGUGGGGUUAAUGUCACUCCACAGCAGCACAUUGUGCUGCAGGAGUCGCUGUAACAGAUGGAGGGAGAGAGAAAGUCCUCUGUGCUCCAACCAACAAUCUACCAGUCAGGUACACGUCAUGUGGCAUGUUGAGACUUUGUGUUAAAUUGUCGACUCUUCCUCCUUGUUUGUAGUAAACGGCCCAUCUUGAUUACACAACAGCUGGAUUAACAGUGUGGCUGUACAGCCAUGUAGAAGGAGACUCGGAGGGUAGUGAAGUAAAUGUGGUCAGAUACCGUUGUGGAUUUGUAUUCUGUGUCGGCACCGAGCUUUUUUCAUUUUAAAAGCUGCUGGGUGUCCGCGCGCUGGCUUUGACUUGAAAUGCUAUUUGUUUUGUUUGGCGGUGCUCGAGUUUAAACAGUGUUUUUUGUCCAUUAACAGAUGUGUUCUUUUGUGAUACGAGUCUGGCUUUUCCCAUUUUGUCCUCUGCUCUGCAGUGUUCUAGCACUCCUUCUCUGGUAAAAAAAACAA